GGACUGGGCGCUGCUUCCUGUUUGCUGCCGGGGUGUGUCCGGCUGAUGGCAGAGUCGUGGCUGUCAGCUGAGGUCCCCAGUGGCUGAAGAAAGGGAAACUUCACUCCUGUUUAUAAGAAAGGGAAGAAGGAAUUCCUGGGGAACAACAGGUUCAGCACAAUGACUACAGUAGCGCAGAAGCACUUUCUGGAAGGGCAAACAUAUUCCAUCCCCCUUAUUCAACCAGACUUGCGCAGAGAAGAGGCUGUUCAGCAGGUGGCAGAUGCACUUCAGUACCUGCAAAAGGUGUCAGGUGAUAUUUUCGACAGGAUCUCUCAGCGGGUGGAAACCAGCCGGGCACAGCUUCAGGCAAUCAGUGAGAGAGUCACGCUCGCACAAGCAAAGAUUGAGAAGAUCAAGGGCAGCAAGAAGGCUAUUAAGGUAUUUUCCAGUGCCAAGUAUCCUGCCCCCGAACGGCUGCAGGAGUACUGUUCAAUUUUUGCUGGUGCAGAAGACCCAGCUAAACAGAAAUGGCCAAGACACAAGAUCCAGAGCAAGCACCGAAUGCUGGAUGAAAAAUCCUUGCAGGAGAAGCUCAAGUACUUCCCUGUGUGUGUGAACACCAAAAUUCACCAGGAAGAUGAUGCAGAAGAAGGUCUUGGCAGCCUCCCAAGGAACAUCAGCUCCCUCAGCUCCCUGUUGCUCUUCAACACCACGGAGAACCUGUACAAGAAGUAUGUUUUCUUGGAUCCACUAGCAGGAGCAGUGACCAAGACCCAUGUGGCUCUGGAAACAGAGACAGAAGAGAAGCUUUUCGAUGCUCCUCUCUCCAUCACUGAAAGGGGACAGCUGGACCGGCAGGUAGCUGAAAAUUACUUCUAUGUGCCAGAUCUGGGCCAGGUCCCUGAGAUCGAUGUGCCAUCUUACCUGCCAGACCUGCCUGGCAUUGCUGCAGAUCUCAUGUACAGCGCUGACCUCGGCCCUGGCAUCGCACCAUCUGCUCCAAGCAGUGCUAUUCCAGAGCUGCCGACUUUUAGCACUGAGUCAACAGAGCCUUCACAAGCAGACCUUCAGGAUCCUGGGCUCUUGCCACCUCCCCCGCCGCCUCCUCCCCCACCUCCUCCUGUUAUGCCAACUGUUGUGCCUCCUCCACCGCCCCUGCCACAGCCUACAGCCCCCUCUGAACCGGGCCGGACAGCAAGUGAGGACAGUAGCAAGGCUGUGCCUGCAGCUUCAGUCCAGGGAGCACCAAAGGAAGUGGUGAACCCCUCAACUGGACGUGCCAGUCUCCUGGAAUCCAUACGUCAGGCAGGGGGCAUUGGGAAGGCCAAUCUCCGCAGUGUCAAGGAGAGGAAGCUGGAGAAGAAGAAGCAAAAGGAACAAGAGCAAGUGAGAGCUACGGGACAAGGUGGAGAUCUGAUGUCAGACCUCUUCAACAAGCUGGUGCUGAGGCGCAAAGGUAUUUCAGGGAAAGGGCCGGGAGCCUCAGGAAACCCCGAUGUUCCUGGCAGUCCUGCUGGUGCCUUUGCUCGUAUGUCAGACUCGAUACCACCCCUCCCACCCCCACAGCAGCCCCCAGGUGAAGAGGAUGAGGAUGACUGGGAGUCAUAGAUGGUAGCAGUUGUGCAUCAGCAUGAAUCCCAGGACUCUUGAACUAUGCACCUUUGAGUCAGCAGGCUGGAAGGACCUACAGAAGGUGGGCUGUGGCAUGGGAGGGGCACCCUGUCAUUUCUUCUGGAAGAGGGGCAGCAGGAAAUAACCACAACCAAAUUGUUACCGAUGAGGGGUUUUGUUCUGCUGUCUGCUGGUCUCCACCCCAAAUACUACAAUCCAGUUCAAAUCCUGCUGCAACUUACAAUGAAUCAAUAAAUCCUGCCUAAGCUGAAGGGCACUGGGGCAGCUUGUGCUCAGAGGAUCAGAACAAGUAUUGUUCCUGAUUUCAAGGGCCCUUGGUCUUGCCUAAUGUGGCUGGCGAUGGCUGCAGGAGCAUCCAUGGCAGGCAAACAGUCCUUGCCUCAUUUGUUUCCUGCUUGCUGAAGCUCGUGUUUGUUUGGGUGUUAAAAGUUCUGAGUCCUUGAAGAUGAAGCUGGAUAGUGGUGAGUGAGCAAAUGAGAGUGAAAGGAGAGAGUCCAUCCCUUCACAGAAAAGUCUAAUUGCUGGUGCCUCUGUACUUGCUGGUUUCUUUCUGUCCCUGGCUUAUGGCAAUUCUUUGGCUGUUGCUUUCUGAACAUUUGCAAUAAAGCUCAAGGAAGGAGGUCUUAGCAGCCUUCUCUCUGAUAAA